AUGUCCGAAACGCAUGGAAUCACUACAAAGCUGGAGAAAUUCCACAUCGAACGCGAGACUUCAGAGUCUCAAUGGGAAACUCUUCGACAGCAACUUCAAGAUGAGAUCAUACAACUCUCGAGAAGCAAGAAAAAUCAAGAGAGACUUCGAAAGAUAAAAGCCUCUUAUAACGAAACCAUGGAUAUGCUUCGGGAUAUAGAAACUGGGAUGCGGAUGGACCCUUUGGAAAUAUUGCCGAAUGAAAUAAAUACUGCGAUCAUGCUGAAUAUAUCCAGUGUCGAUGAAGGGUGGUAUACUUCUAAAGACCUAGACAUACUUUCCCCUUUACUACUUGUCUCGAAGAGGUGGCAAAGCUUUGUUAUUUCCGAGCCACUAUUGUGGAAUUAUAUCGAGAUAAGCAGUGACAGCUCAGCGAGAAGGGUCACUCGUCCGCUUGAACUUUCUGGAAUUUACCCUUGA